AUGGCCAGCCCAGCAGUGAAGCAGAAACUGUUGGAGAUGAUUCGGAGCAAGCAGCAAGUAGCACCCCCCUGCAGUAACAUCAUAAGGCCUCCUGAUUUGAUUGAACCGGAACCUCAUCCUCCUCUGCCCACCAACUUCAUUCCUCAGGAUGUUGCCAGCAACUGUAAUCCUUCUGAACAUUUUCCUCUCAGAAGAACAGCCUCUGAGCCAAACUUGAAGUGGCCUUGCAGACCCAAGAAGUCGGGGGAGAGGAGGAAGAACCCACUUACACGCAAGGAAAGCGCUCCACCUGCAGUUAGAAGAAGACCCCCAGAAACACAGGACUCCUCUCCCAGCAGUAGCAGCACUCCAGUGUCCGGCUGCAGCUCACCAAAUGACAGUCUGGCUGCUGAGAAUGGAAGUUUGUCCUCCUUGCCUGGAGCUGCCUCGGAGGCUGAGAUGGAACGGAGGACCUUGCCAAGCCUGAUACAUCGAGUGCCACUUCUGACACAUCCCACUGUGUACAUGCCAGGUAUAGAAAGCCAUGAUGGUACGAAUUCCCUGGCACCUCGUCUUCAACCUGUCAUCAUUCUAGAGCCUACACAUGCACCAAUGGUUGCAAGUUUGAGUUCUGUACCAUUGCAGUUCACCCAUCCCCUUAUCAGCCCUGAUCAUUUGUCAGCUUCUGGGCACCACAAAGCCUUAAGUCGGACCCGUUCUGAGCCGCUUCCUCAAAAUCCUAAAACACUCCAGCAGCAACUUUUCCUCCAGCAGCAAUAUGCAGCAUUUCCUGAUUAUUUGAAACGGACAAAUAAGCGCCCACAGAAAACCAGCGAAAGGCCGAGACUGAGCCAGAUUCCAUCAGAGGAGAUGGAUGACAGCAGUCCAGCAAAUGAACGACCUGGUGAGCUGGGAGUAAACCCUGCUAGAGUUCGAACAGAAGCCUUACGAGGUGUACAAGACAUGCCCAGCGGUGGCCAACCAGUAAUCCAGCAGUUUGUUCCACAGGCUUAUAUGUGGGAGACGAGCCAUCUUCGCGCACAACAGCACAUAAAAAGACCUCAGCAACUGGACACUUUAAUGAUCCCUCUUAUGCCUCAAACACAUCGUCCUCUUACAAGAGCAAAGUCCUCUCCAGCUUCAGCUUCUAUUCCCACUCAAGAUCCCUCCUCCAAAACGAUGACACUCACAUUGCCAGAACAGCCUGAGAAGCCACGCUUCACCACAGGAAUUGUUUAUGACUCUGUGAUGUUGAAGCACCAGUGUACCUGUGGAGACAACAGCAACCACCCAGAGCACGCUGGGAGAAUCCAAAGCAUCUGGUCCCGCUUGCAAGAAAGAGGACUGAGGAAUCAUUGUGAAUGCAUUCGUGGUAGAAAGGCAUCCCUGGAAGAGCUGCAAUCAGUACAUACAGAGACACACGUCCUCCUCUAUGGCACCAAUCCUCACAAUAGGCUCAAACUGGACAAUCGCAAGCUUGCCGGAAUUCUUGCGCAGAGGAUGUUUGUUAUGCUGCCAUGUGGAGGACUUGGGGUGGACAGUGACACUAUCUGGAAUGAGCUCCAUUCUUCAAAUGCUGCCCGCUGGGCUGCUGGUAGCGUGAUUGAACUGGCAUUUAAAGUUGUAACACAAGAAUUAAAGAAUGGAUUUGCUUUAGUGAGGCCCCCAGGACAUCAUGCAGAUCCGUCAACUGCUAUGGGCUUCUGUUUCUUCAACUCUGUAGCCAUUGCUGCCAAACAACUGCAACAGAGACUAGACGUCAGAAAGAUCCUUAUUGUGGACUGGGAUGUUCACCAUGGCAAUGGAACACAACGAGUGUUUUAUAGGGAUCCCAAUGUAUUAUACAUCUCCCUUCAUCGACAUGAUGACGGCAACUUCUUUCCUGGCAGCGGAGCUGCUAACGAGGUUGGUGCUAACAGUGGGGAAGGUUUCAAUGUGAAUGUCGCAUGGGCAGGCGGUCUGGAUCCUCCUAUGGGUGAUGCAGAAUACCUUGCAGCGUUCAGGACUGUGGUGAUGCCAAUUGCUCAUGAAUUCUCUCCAGAUGUGGUCUUGGUA